AUGGCACCUGUGGUGAGUGCUGCACUUGGCGUGUUGGGUCCCCUGCUGGUCAAGCUCGCCGACCUGGUCGCCGGCAAGUUCGGCCGCGUGCGAGGUGUCCGCCGUGAGAUCAUGUCCCUCCAGUCCGAGUUGACCAGCAUGCAUGCCGCGCUCCAAGAAUACACGAUGCUAGACGACCCAGGCGUCCAGGUUAAGGCGUGGAUAUCGCUGCUCAGGGAGCUGGCCUAUGAUACCGAGGAUUGCAUUGACAAGUUCAUCCGCCGUGUCAGCAAUCGUGGGCGUCGCGGCGGCUUCAAGAAGCUCUUCCAUGACACCACUCGCUUCCUUAAGAUGCUAGAUUCUCGCUGUGGGAUCGCCAAGCAGAUCCACAAGCUGAAGGCUCGCAUCAAGCAUGUGAAAGAGCUCAAGGAUAGUUACAAGUUGAGUGAGACUUCUUGUAGCAAGACUGGGCAUGAGUCCGUGGAUCCUCGGUUGUGUGCUCUCUUUGCUGAGGAAGCACACCUUGUGGGUGUGGAGGGUCCAAGAGAUGAUCUUGUCAAGUGGAUGUUGAAGGAAGAAAAUAGCUCGACCAGGCAACCUAGAGUAUUGUCUAUCGUUGGAUUUGGUGGAUUGGGAAAGACAACAUUAGCAAAUGAGGUCUAUCGCAAGGUUCAAAGGCAUUUCGAUUGUUGGGCUUUUGUUUCAGUCUCGCAGAAGCCAAUUAUAAGAAAAAUAAUCAAGGAUGUAAUCUACAAAGUGCCUUUUCCUGAUGGAUUCACAAAAGAUAUUGAAAUUUGGGACGAAACGGCAGCCAUUUCCAAGCUAAGAGAAUUGCUACAAGAUAAAAGGUAUAUCGUCAUAAUUGAUGAUAUAUGGUGCACACAAGCAUGGAACACUAUCAAGUGUGCUUUCCCGGAGAAUAACCGUUCUAGCAGAAUUAUAACCACUACACGCAUUAUGGAUGUGGCAAGGUCAUGUUGUCCUUGUGGUGAUGACCAUGUGUAUGAAAUGGCAGCCCUAAGUGAUCUUCACUCCAAAAGUUUGUUUCUCAAAAGAAUUUUUGGCUCUGAGGACAACUGCCCUGAUAUGCUGAAAGAGGUUUCCAAUAAAAUCCUAAAGAAAUGUGGAGGCCUACCAUUGGCAAUUAUUAGUAUAUCCAGUUUGUUAGCAAAUAGUCCAGCUGUCAAGGAGGAGUGGGAGAAGAUUAAAAGAUCAAUUGGUUCUGCACUGGAAAAAGAUCGAAGUCUAGAGGGAAUGAGUAACAUACUAUCCCUUAGCUACAAUUAUCUUCCACCUGAUCUCAAGACUUGUUUACUGUAUUUAAGUGUAUUCCCUGAGGAUCGUGUGAUUGAUCGAAAGAGGUUAGUGAGGCGGUGGAUAGCGGAAGGAUUUAUCUCUGAAGAGCGUGGACAAAGCCGGCAAGAAGUCGCUGAGAGAUAUUUCUAUGAGCUUAUCAACAAAAGCAUGGUCCAGCCAGAGGACAUUUCCUAUGAUGGCAAGGCUCGUGCUUGCCGAGUCCACGACAUGAUGCUCGAAAUUAUUAUUUCAAAAUCAAACGAAAAUAAUUUCGUCAUUGUUGUAGGUGGCGGCGAAACGAGUUUUGCAAAUCAUCAGGGUUUUAUUCGGCGCCUAUCAGUCCAGCACCUUGAUCAUGAGCUUGCACAUUUACUCGCACAAGAAGAUCUUAGCCAUGUUCGAUCGCUAACAGUAACAUCAUCAACUUGCAUCAAACACUUGCCUAGUCUUGCUAAAUUUGAAGUUCCACGUGUACUAGAUUUUCAAGGUUGUCGGGGUUUGGAAGAAUAUGAUAUGAAUGGUAUUGGCAAAUUAUUCCAACUAAAGUACCUCAACUUCAGAGGCACGAGUAUAUCAAAGCUGCCAUCAGAGAUCAUGAUGCUACAUGACCUAGAGACCCUAGAUUUUGGAUAUACACAAGUGGGGGAGUUUCCAACUGGAUUCGUUCAGCUGACCAAACUACAACACCUAAUUGCUGGAGGUUGGACAACUAUGCGAAACAAGGUAGGGAAUAUGAGGAACUUACGGGAGAUAUCAGGCUUUAGUAUUACCCGGAGUCCAGCAGAUGCGGUGGAGGAUCUUGGAAACCUUCCAAGUUUGGUGGAAAUUGCUGUACAUCUCGAUGAUGGAGGAUCUGACGAGUUCAGGAGGCAUGCAGAAAUGUUACAUUCCUCACUGUGCAAGCUUGGUAGCUGCAAGCUCAGGUCUUUAUGGAUAAGUAGGUAUUGUGGUUCCCUCGAGUUCUUAGAAUCUUGGAACCCUCUGCCAUAUUCCCUUCAAGAAUUUUAUAUGUUCAGUGACUACUAUUUCACGGAAGUUCCGAAGUGGAUUGCUCCAGCACUCACCAGCCUUUCUUACCUAGAUAUCAAUUUGGCUGAAUUAACAGAGGAGGGCCUGCACACUCUUGGGGAGCUCCCGGCCUUACUUUGCCUAAAACUAUGCUGGAAAACAAAUCCAGAAGAAAGGCUUACAGUCCAGGGCACUGGAUUCCCAAGUCUAAUAAAGUUGGUGCUAUCUGAUCGGGCAUACAUUACAUUCGUGAAAGGGGCUAUGCCAAAGCUUCAGAACCUUAAGCUAUCAUUUGCUGUGUCAGUAGCAAAAGGUUAUGGCUUCUAUUUAGGCAUUGAGCAUCUCACAUGUCUCAAAAAAGUAAGGGUACUGUUUGUAACCAAAGGUUCAGAAAGCAAGGUUGCAGCUGCUGCAAUCUCUAAGGAAGCAGGUGCCCAUACCAACCGUCCUAUAGUUACCAUCAAUGGAAGACCAUAUGAAGAGGCUGCUAACAACGAGGAGAAGAACAAGGUGAAUGGCGACACUCCGAUUCAAGGGAAUUAA